AUGUUUCAUGGACUACUUUCAGAAAGCUUUAUCAAUCGCUCAAUUGGAUCCAUGAACUAUUUCGAGCGUGAUUGUGGUAAACAUGGAUGGUUCAUAAAGGUAUGCACUCACGAUAUUAACUCAUUUGUUAUUAUACAGUUAAAAGACCCCGCACCUGAACAAAAUGAAUCGUUAUUAAUUCGAAAUGGAAUACAAGAAAAGAUUGACCAUCUUAUCGAAAUAUCGGGGGUAGAUAAGAUAGAUGAUGAUGCCUUCAAGAAGGUGACCCCUCAAGUUGGGCCUCAACAAUCAAAAAAUGCAAAGCGUCGUGAUAUCAAGAAAUCUCGACGUGAGACCCGACAACAAGAUACGUCCAUCCAUGGCCAAACAACUCAACAACAAGAUACGUCUAUCUACGAUCGGUUCGCCCACCAAGAUGCUGGAGGCUUUGAAGAUACUAUUGAUCCAUCGUAUCAACAUGACUUGUUGACAGAGGCCCUUCAAGAGUUGGCAGAGACUGGUCAAGAGUUGGCAAAGUCCCGUCACUAUUGUUCGGUACUCAAAGAACAACAAUUCAAACACCAACAACAAAUAGAGGAAUACCAACAACAAAUAGAGGAACAACAAUUAAAACACCAACAACAAAUAGAGGAAUACCAAAAACAGUUCGAGUUAUUAAAGUUAAAACAUCAAAAUGAUCAACAAACAAUACAAAUACAACAAGAAGUCAAUGAACAGUUAACAAAAGAAAGAGAACAACAUAUACAACAUAUUAAAAAAAUAGAGCAAAGGAUGAUACAACUAGAAAAAGAACAACACAACAACGAUAUACCAUUGAGAACGGAACUCUCGGCCCAAAAGACACCAUCAACUUUAACAAGUAGCAAGGUUCUUCUAUUAAUCGAUCGAUACAGUGAAGAUGAUUUCUACCAGUUCAUCUAUCGAAUCAAUAACAUCGAUAAGAAAAGGCAAGAGGAGUUAGUCGCCAGGGACUCCAAAGAAAGCAACGAUAAGAUCUAUUGUAAAGGCCUCAAAAAUCAAAGAGCUAUUCGAUUUGCUCUUCUCAAAUAUGGUUUUUUCAUUACCAGUGAAAAGCUGCAAGGUUGGUUCAAUCAUUCCACCAAACAAUUUAUCACACAUGUCGCAGAUGUGAAAGCAGAAGCAUCAAGUUCAUUCUGUUUAAAUUGCAAGCAAGCUGGCGAUAUUUUGUCCAAGAAGCUCAGUUACUUUUUCAAAGAGAGUUUUUUCGCGUUCAAAGAGAGUUUUUUCUACCAAUUGGUCACCGAGCAAUUCGACCAUAUUCUUGACCCACAAGGUAAAUGGGCCCAUGAAGUUGUGUCUUUUGCUGAAACCCUCAAGCACCACCAUGGAAAGAAGGUCAUCGAAAUGCUUCUCGGUGAUAAAGCAACCCGUACUACAUAUGGUGGUAUUCCGUUUCCUUCUCUCCGAACGGUUCAGAGAAAGUCAACCGGUCAAACACAAUUCUAUCUCAACUGUAUGCACGCAAGAUUUCAUACUAUCUCUGUAGGGCUAGGGUUGAAUGAAGGCAAAAAACUUUAUGCUGGUGUGGCUUUUGACGAGAUUGACAUUCUCAAAGGAUUGCAUUUAGACUUAAAUGGUAACCAACUAAUCGGAUGCUAUGAUGAACCCAUCAACGAAAGUAACAUACGGAAUUUGACACCAUCAGAGUCAUUAUUGACCAAAAAGAUGUUGCAAGUGUUUUUUAUAUCACUGGACGGAAAAAUAUCUUUCAACUUGGCCAAAUUCCCGACCAAUGGAAAGAAUACGUUGUGUACCGCCUCAUCAGUGAUCAUCGAGACCAUCAAAAUCGCAAAAAAGUUCCACAUUGAAAUAGUAUUUGGAGCAAUGGAUGGUUAUGAUGUACAAGACUCGAUCAUCCAAGAUAUCAUCGAUUAA